AUGACCCAGGAAGAAGCUCUCCUGCUGCUGCUGCUGCUGCUGAGUGGGCCAACUGUGCCAGGAUAUGCCAAUGAGGGCAGUGUCGCUGGCAGCUGUCACUGUGAUAAGAGAAUUCCUUCUGGCUCCCCGCCGCCGCCAGAGCUGAUGGACCAUCUCCAGAAGCAUCUCUGGUCUUACCACCGCUGUCCAGGCUACAUCAGGUUCCAACUGCGCAGGAGGAGUGUCUGUGGCAGCGUGCAUGCUGGAUGGGUUCAGGAGUUACUGCAAUGCUUCAGGCUGAAGGAAUGUGGACAUGCCCACAGGAAGGACCUGGCACACCACCAGCAUUUCCCUCCUCACAACACUCAGACCCAGGAGUCUCCAGAUGAAGCACCUGCAGGCAUGCACACCACAGCCCGGACCAACCAGGCGACCACCCUGCAGGCCAUCCAGAUCCCCGGAGCACCUGGCAAUGAAACCACCACUGUGCCUGGGAACCACCAUGUGGGAGCUGGGCCUGAGGCUCGGGAGGACCAGAAACAUCUAGAAGAAGGUGUAGGUUCUGCAGCUACAACAGCCACCAGGGCAGUGCUGAGCCUCCUUGUCAUCACCCUCCUCCUCACUGGAGUUCUCACAAACAUAAGUGCAGGCACAGAAGGCAUCAGGUCCUGUGGGGCACUCCAGGUAGACUCCCUUUCAGAAACCUCCCUCAGGGCAUAAGCCUCUCUCUGCUAGGGAUCCUGUCCCUGUACCCUUAGUGGCUCUUUCUGGUAGGAGAAGUGAUCUAUUCAGGUAGAGGGAGGGGAACCACCAGGGACCCAGGGACCAGUGCUUACCUAGAAUGCCAGGCAGUGAAUGGUGACAAAAAGAUGGUAACUCAGCCAGCUGGCUGGAUGAUGAAGCAGGGGCAGGGAGAAAGAAGUCACAGGUCCAUCCACUCCAUUCACAAAUCUGUAUUGCAUACCAGCUGUGUACCAGGCCACAGAGUUUUAUCUUUGGGAGAGGGGGAGUUCAGAUUUACCUUAUUGGGUCUGAUACAAUAGCCUAGCAGCUA